UGUUCCUCUUCGUCGGGCAGAGGAGUUGUGACGUACAAUUCACGCGACGCCGAAAGCUAAGGGAAAUGCAGUGAUGAUCAUAGUUCAACUUUAAAAACAAAUAUUAAACGCCAGCACUUUAUGGGAAUAUAUUAGAAAUGAAUCCAAAAUGUUACCAUUACCUUUAAUGCUCCGUGUUUAGUCGUCCACGCGUAUUGUCCGUCUUGCCUUUUGACUAGCGUGUUUUCCACAAGGGUGAAACUCGUCGAUGUGUUGGCAACAUGACUCUGCCAGCUCUGCACAACACCGGCGUGCUUUACAGGAGGAUUUUAGCACAGUUCCCUCAGGAUAUUAGUCUGGCUUUUGCCUACGGAUCUGGCGUUUUCAAACAACAUGGCACCAGCCAAGGUCAAAUGGAGAAAAACAUGCUGGACUUUGUGUUUGCGGUGGAUGACCCGGUCACUUGGCACACCUUGAAUCUGCUGCAGAACCGCAAACAUUACUCCCUCCUUAAACUCCUGGGACCCACCACGAUCAGCUCCAUACAGUGUGAACGCGGAGCUGCCGUAUACUACAACACGCUGGUGCCCGUGGACGGGAAGAUCAUCAAAUAUGGUGUGAUCAGCACCGAGUCUCUGAUUGAUGACCUAAUGCACUGGAAAACCAUGUAUGUUGCAGGACGCCUUCACAAACCAGUGAAGAUGCUGUUGCAGAGUGAGAAUGGAAAGCUCCGUGCCGCUCUGGUCGCCAACCUCAAGAGCGCGGUGACGGCCUCCUUCCUUAUGCUGCCUGAGAGUUUCAGCCAGGAGGAACUUUUCCUGCAGAUAGCUGGCCUUUCUUAUGCUGGUGAUUUCAGGAUGGUGAUUGGAGAGGAUAAAUCCAAGGUGGCCAACAUCGUGAGAGACAACAUUGAGCACUUUCGUAUUCUGUAUAAUCACAUCUUGCGGGACUGUCCUCAAGUGGUCUACAAACCCCAACAAGGAAGACUGGAGGUAGACAAAAGCCCCGAAGGGCAGUUCACGCAGUUGAUGGCGCUGCCCCGCACUUUACAGCAAAGGAUCACCAAGCUGGUUGAUCCUCCAGGGAAGAACCGAGACGUGGAGGAGAUCCUUCUGCAAGUCGCUCAGGACCCAGAUUGUGGAAGUGUUGUACAACAAGGCAUCGCCUCUAUUGUGAAGACCUCCAGUGUAACACAAAGCAUCAAAGGCAUUGCGACAGCCGGCAUGUGGAAGACUGUGUCCUAUAGCUCUAGGAAACUGAUGAAGAUGUGGAAGGGCUGGAGGAGGAAACCAUCUGUUUCACAGAUAUCCUGAUCCAGAACAAAAAAAAGCCAUGCAUGCCAGGGCAUUGUUAUGGGACAUUGAAAUUGCAGAAAUGUGUAUUUAUGGUAUCAAAUACGUCCUCAUUGUGAAUAUAAUUCAGAGGAAUAAUACCUACGAUUAUUACGUCAGCAAUUUUGCGGAGGAUCUACUUUCUUGUACACCCAAAACAGUAAAAAUAAAGUUGUUUUUUACUGCGAA